GCAGGCGCAGGGAGCCGGUCGCGUCGCCUCCGACCCCGGCGGGGUCACUCGCCGCGCUUUGGAGGCGGCUCCGUCCCCGCGGGCUCGCCGGGUGCCCGAGCGCCGGUGCCCCCGCGCCGCGGCCGCCGCAGUGACCCCGCCCCCGGGCCGAGGAGGUGCGGCCGGCCCCGCGUCCCGGCGAUGGCCCUGCGGCGGCGGCUCGGCCUGGAGUCCCGGGGCUUGGGGCGGUGAGGGCCCGCGGGCGCGGCGGCGCCAUGGAGGGGGUGCUGUACAAGUGGACCAACUACCUGAGCGGUUGGCAGCCUCGCUGGUUCCUUCUCUGUGGGGGAAUAUUGUCCUACUAUGAUUCUCCGGAAGACGCCUGGAAGGGCUGCAAGGGGAGCAUCCAGAUGGCCGUCUGUGAAAUCCAAGUUCAUUCCGUAGAUAACACUCGCAUGGAUCUGAUCAUCCCCGGUGAACAGUAUUUCUACCUGAAGGCCAGGAGCGUGGCUGAGAGACAGCGGUGGCUGGUGGCUCUAGGGUCAGCCAAGGCCUGCCUGACAGACAGUAGGACCCAGAAGGAGAAAGAGUUUGCCGAAAACACAGAAAACCUGAAAACCAAAAUGUCGGAACUGAGACUCUACUGUGAUCUCCUGGUCCAGCAAGUGGAUAAGACUAAGGAAGUGAGCGCAGCAGGUGUUGCCAGCCCCCAGGAGGGAAUUCACGUGGCAACUCUGCUGAAAUCCACAUGCAAUACCUUUCUGAAGACUUUGGAGGAAUGCAUGCAGAUUGCGAAUGCAGCCUUUACCUCAGAACUCCUCUGCCGCACCCCCCCAGGAUCACCGCAGCUGGGCAGGCUCAAGCCCAACAAGAUGAAACAUCCUAUUGUACCGAUUCAUAAUUCAUUGGAAAGACCAACGGAGUCGAACAGUUGCGAAAAUGGGUCUUUCAUUAUGGAAGUAAAUGGUGAUGAGGACAUCCUAGUGAAAAGUAAGAGCUCCUUGUAUGUGAAACCCGCCGAGAUAGAGUGCAGUCUCUCGGGUGAAGAAAACACAGAGGGUCCAAUGACAGUCCAAGGUGAAAUAAUGAAGGAAGAUGGAGAGGAAGACCUGGGAAAUCUUGAAAGCAGCCAGCCACAACCGGGCUCCAUCUCCAUCAGUCACUCUCCAGAAUCCCACUGGGAAGACAGCCAAGAAGUUAUCCCAACUUUCUUUAGUACCAUGAACACCAGCUUUAGUGACAUUGAACUUCUGGAAGAUAGUGGCAUCCCCACAGAAGCAUUCCUGGCCUCCUGUUAUGCUGUGGUUCCGGUGUUGGAUAAACUUGGUUCUACAGUGUUUGCUCCCGUUAAAAUGGAUCUUGUUGGAAAUAUUAAGAAAGUAAACCAGAAGUACAUAACCAACAAGGAAGAGUUUACCACCCUCCAGAAGAUCGUGCUGCAUGAAGUGGAGACGGACGAGGCCCAGGUCAGGAACUCGGCCACUGAAGCCCUCUUGUGGCUGAAGAGAGGUCUCAAAUUUUUGAAGGGAUUUUUGACAGAAGUGAAAAAUGGAGAAAAGGACAUCCAGAUAGCCCUGAAUAACGCGUAUGGUAAGACUUUACGGCAACAUCACGGCUGGGUGGUCAGAGGGGUCUUUGCGUUAGCUCUGAGGGCAGCUCCAUCCUAUGAAGAUUUUGUGGCCGCGCUGACCAUAAAGGAAGGGGACCACCAGAAAGAAGCUUUCAGUGCUGGGAUGCAGAAGGACCUCAGCCUUUAUCUCCCCGCCAUGGAAAAGCAGCUGGCAAUCCUGGACACUUUGUAUGAGGUCCACGGACUCGAGUCGGACGAGGUGGUGUGACACCUGCAGCCAGUCCCGCCUUCCAACUUCAGGGAACCCAAUUUGCCCUUGCGUGGCUCGUUGCCUGCUUGGUUUCCAGCAGCAGCCCUCUCCGGGCUAAAGAGGGCAUAAAGAGGAGGCAAGACCUACUGCUUUCAUAUUUAAUUUUUUAAUGCAUAUGCGUUUUGUGUGUUUAAAAAUCAAGGUGCUAUAAAUUUCAGUUGAAAGGGCCUCCUGGAAACCAGAUCAUAGCUACUUGUAGGCUGGGAUAGCAAGCUGAGAGCAGACUUGACAAAUGAACUCGUUGGUGUUUGUUUUGGUUUCUUAGCUUUUAAUUUUAGCAGAUCAUUCAAACCCAAGCUGCAAAUAAGCAAAUUCUGCUUCUAUUACUCAGCCUACAUAGAGUCGACUCAAAAUUUGAAGGGUGCUAGACCCCUUAGUUGAACAGUUGAAAUGUAGAGUUGGCUAUUCUCAAACAUUCUUUCAGGAAUCCCCAUGUCUAUGGCCUGUGGGCAAAAAGAGCUCAGGCAGUCCAGUUGUUGGGGUACUGGGGUGAUCUUCACACAUGGUGUGGGCAACAGAGACAUCAGUAAAAGGUGUCAUCCCUGUUUACGUAACUGUGGGGAGAAUGUGACUCUGCAGAGAUGCUCUGACCCCACUUAGAGGGCCCUGGGGGAGAGGUGAGACAGAUCUGAGGUGCCCCUCUCCAUGCGUCCAUGUAUGAGCUCAGUUGGAUAUCGUAUCAGACCCACGACAUUCAGGACGUUUCCCCAGGAUCAGAAGUGAGGUUUGGUGCAGUGUUCCUUAAUCUUUUCCCUACCACGAUGCCCUUCCCACCUUAUGUCCUUCCUGUGUACCUCCCCAGCCCCUGCCUCCCCCAGUUUUCACCUGUGCCCCCCUUGGAAUAUCCUGCAGGCCCAUUUCAGUUCCUGGUUUAGAAACACUGGUUUAGAGGUUGAGAAAUUUCCCCAGUCGCACAGCCACCUAGCAGAAGAGGCAGGUCAUUUCUAAGUGUGACUGAAUCACCUGGGCCUGUAAGUCACACGGGAUGCUUGUUCUGAAAAGCAGAUUCCCAGGCCUCACUCUCACUGAAGAACCAGAAGCAGGGGGUAAAGCCCUGCAUUCCUCUGUAUAUGCACAGAGAUCCCAAGUGAAUCUUAUGCAGACAGGGUUGAAGGAGCACUAGAUUGAACAAGAGUUUCCAAGAUUCCUAGUCUCAAGCCUUCCCCGCCCCCCCCCCCAGGAGGAAGAGGCUAUGAUUUUUUUUGGGGGGGGUCACACCCGGCGAUGCACAGGGGUUACUCCUGGCUCUGCACUCAGGAAUCAUUCCUGUCGGUGCUCAGGGGACCAUAUGGGGUGCUGGGAUUCGAACCUGGGUAGGCCGCAUGCAAGGCAAAUGCCCUACCCGCUGUGCUAUCAUUCCAGCCCCCCCGAGGCUAUGACUUAAAUAAAUGGUUAAAGGGAGAGUGAGAUGCCGAGCACCUUGACCCACAGCUUCCUUGGUUGAAUCAGCAUCAGGAGGCAGCCGGUGGACCCUGGCGUUGUAUGCAGGGACCAGGGUCCUGAGAGGUCUCUGAGCCAACUCGGCUUAGUCACCAGUGGUUCAGAGGAAGCUGAAAGCAGCUCCAGGUUAAUUGCAAAACCCUCAGGAUCAUGUCAAACAAGCUUUAAAUCAUUCAUAAAGCAGUGCCUUGGGUCCGUGUCCUGAAAGCCACAAGUAUCCCACAAGCUCCUCACCACCACCACCGCCACUUGAGGCCACUUCCUUCUAGCAGCCAGAAGGGAAGUUCCAGGGCAGAAGGUCAGGGUUUUGGUGGGACCCAGGCAAUGCUGUGAGGCUGACUGCCUAGCCCCUUGGUAGGGUAAACCCCUCUCCUGGGGCUAAGCAGUUGAAGCAGGAAGAAUAUUGAUUUCAUCCUUCUGCUGUCUUUAAUCAAAUAGGUAUUUAUUUCAUUCAUAUUUGUGAAACCGGGACCGGUUCACUUACGGCCUUCUGGGUACUUAAAGACCAGAUGCCUAGAGAGGAUACUGAAAGGACAUCAUUUCUGUAAAAAGCAGCUGCCCCAGUGUGUGUGUCCCCCAUUCCCAUGCGGCCCGGUGUGGUCCUGCCUCUUUGUGUGUGUGAACAUCACACAAUCACUUCCGUUCUGGCCCUUGACAUAACCUUCUGCAAGGGAAAAGAAAAGCCGCCGACUUGGACUAACGCUGUUUGGUUGGGAAAGGGAUGCAAGCAGGAAUGUGUGUGUGAAGCCUGAGCCUCACAGCUGCUGCUGCUGGCCGUCUGUCCCCUCUGGUGUGGGCACACCAUCAGGUUUCCAAGACUCCAAAUCCACACACAGAAGCCACUGGGGCGGGGGGCGGGGGGGAAGCACCCUAGUGUGGCGACUGGGUUUCCCGUGGCAGAAGUGUUGACUGUAUGGGACUAUCACUGGAAACCCAGGUCAGCUGGGUACUUUGGACGAUAUUUGCUACUCGCCUCUUUCCCAGCACUGCAGAGAGGGGUCAUGGUUUUUGAUAGCCCGGUUCCUCGAAUCUAGGAUGUGUAAAGCUCUGAAGGCCCCUCAAUAAAAAUGACUAGAAAUGGAAAUGAACAAGAAGCAGUAAAGUCAGUUUGCCCUGAUACACAUGGCGUAGUCGGAACUUCCAGCCGCAUCUACCAUAGUCGCUCCUGUCUUGAAGUUGUGAUUUGUGCUAAUUUAAACUUACUGUAAAGCUCUCUCUAUAACACUCCUAGACUUCUUGCGAUACCGGAGCUUUCUCUGCUCUCCAGUAAGCAAAGGUAGACACCAGAUGGGACCUGUUGAGAGAGUGGGGCACCUUCUUUUAAAGCAUUCCUAGGGCUCCUUAUCUAGAGAAUUCUUCCAAGAAAACCUAGAAGGAAAAGGAAGCAGCCUGUCUUCUAGGUAUUAGUACAAGCUAAUACAUAUUCACUAUCACUGAUCCUGGUGAUAAAAUGGUAAGUUGGGGUGAUGCCUUUCACCCCUUGGAGACAAAACCCACUGGUGACCAUGAGGCAGGGAUUUGUCCAUCAUCUUUUGAUCUAGCAUUGCACAGAGUUCUUUUUUGUUUUAUUUUAUUUUUAGUUUCUAGGUCACAAUUGGCGAUGCUCAGGGGUUGCUCCUGGCUCUGCACUCAGGAGUUACUCCUGGUGGUGCUUCGGGGACCAGACGGGAUGCUGGGGAUAGAGCCAGGGUCGGCUGCAUGCAAGGCAAGCCCCUAACCACUGUGCUAUCGCUCCAGCCCCUGCAGAGUUCCGGAAGCAGAUCGCUUGGAAUCUCCCCAGGAAAUUGACUUUGUCAUCCUUAUUUGUGUGUCACUCUGUGCAUGAAGCUUCCAGGUAUCCUGUUCUGCGGUGCAGGAACCUGGAUUCCAUCACUUGGCCCUGCCUCCGUGCUGGGUGGGGUUAAGGAAGGAGCUUUGGCUUCAUGAGCGCCACGCAUAUUGUAUGUGGUUCUCUUGGGCUUCAUUGCAUAGGUGUGUGUAUCCAAAAGGCAUAAUCAAGAAGCAUCAAGUUACCAACAAAUAAAGUAUACUUUUUAAAAUUUGAAGUAAAUUCUUAUUUACUUCAGUGGGGCUGAAGUAGCACAUAUCUUACUAAGGAUCUGUAAUCCAGUGGUGAAAACCAUAUCUGUGUAUAAAUGUCAUUUGAAGCAGCAGAGAGAGUCGGGGUUAUGAGCAAUACAAGAUGAUGUGGGCAUUUUAAAAUUAUCUAGAAGAAAUCUGUUUCAUUUGGUUUCCUACAAACUGCCACGUUCUGCAAGAAGUUGGCUACACAGUGGCACAGAUCUGAAUCAUGGAUUAAAAUCAGUUGUUUCUGACCUUGGUCAUAAGUGUGACAGCUCAACGUCCUUACCAUCAUGUCUUUGCUCCUUCUUGUGGGGAGAGGUCUCCCCAGUGUUGCUCCAGGGGCUGUGGAGCCCCAUCUGGCCAUUCUCAGCCAAUUAAGCCCAGUUCAAUGCAAGGGCUUGAAGAUGCUCAGUGCUGGAAUCACCCCUCGGGGCCAUUGGGCCACCAUGACGGUACUUGUGGCCUCCAGAGCCAAACCCGUGGUGCUCCCUCCCUACUCCCUACUGUGCUUGGGAUUAGACUGGGAUCAGCCACAUGCAAGGCAUGCACCGUAAUCCAGUGCUCUCUCUCCAGCAUCUCGGUUUUCUGUUUUAAGUUGAGCCAUCGACUUUGUAUGUGUGUUUUUGUGCAUUUCUAGAUGUAGAAUUUAUAAGUAAGAUAUAUUUCUGUUAGCUGAGCUGAUUUGUUUGGUGUCAGAGCACCUGGCUUCAGGUGUUCUUUGGAAUCAGGCCCGGGCCGUAGAGACAUCAUUGUGUGCAUCGAGUGUGUUAUUUAGAAAUCCGCUCUGCUUCUGGAUGUCCCUUUGUAAUCUGCAGCUGCUUCCUCAGGGGUUCAUAGUAUGACAUAAAGAAGCCCACUAGCUGUGGACCGGUUUGAAGACAGCUUUUCUCUGACAGAUUGUUAGGGAUCCUUUCAGCCAUCCCUUGGACAUGCUCUUCACUAGCCCGUCUUGGUAGCUCACCCCCGUUCCCACCCCAGUCUGUCAGCAGCCUGUGUGCAGAGACCCUCUACAUGAUUGCUCAUUGCACUGCUGUGUCCAGGGCAUGAUUAGGCGAUCAUUGAAGAGACAGUUUCCACAUGUAUUAGAUCUUUGCCCUCACUGUCUCUGUUUCGCCCUUUGUUAAGAGAGAAAAAGAUCACUUGUCACUACAACCCUGCAAUGCAAAUGUUUCCAUAAGUCUUUGGUUACCCUUUUAAAAAUCACUCCCCUUUCUAAGCAAACAGGUGUUUUUAGCUGAUCUAUGUGAGGCACAGGAAGAGAUUCUGUGUGUUUGAAGCACAUGCCUUCUAUUGCACCUGUAUUUGGAAGUAUGGUCAGUAUUUCUUCCCUGUACUUUAUAAAUAGAAACCGCUCUGGGAUCAUAGGUACUUCUUGCAAAGCUGAUCUCAUCCGCACAGACUCCUGUUUGUGUCUAUUUAUAAGUGCAUGUGGGGUCACUAGUGACAAGAAGGGUGACCUCAAAGUAGUCCUGUGGCUUCCUAGAAGGUUGUUGAGCCAGUCUCAUGCAUGUUUCAUGUAUGAGCACCCCUGAGUCAUGACAGUUCCUAGAAUGUCAGCAAACAGCCCAACUACCUCAUGUGAAAUUGGCUGUGGACAAUCUGUGUCAGAUGAGACAUGUGUUCAAGUGGACUGAAUCUGAGUUAGAGAUUGGACAAAAUGAUCUCUUUAAAGAAGAAACAUAUUAGACCAGAUGCCAAAGGCUACAAUGUACAUAGAUUUCUUUAGAUUAAUUUUUUAAGCUAGUAUUUAAUUUCACCUUCAGUAUUCUUAGACGUUUGUAGUUCCAUAAACCCAGGCACUUUGACUUUGUCACACAUGGUCCCUUGUUACCUGUUCUUAUCUUUUAUCAGUUUUGAAGGAGCAUUAUGACAGUAGAAAGCAAGUGUCAAGUAGUUUGUUGCUGUUUCCAUUUUCCUGGGUCAUUAAGAAUAUAAUGAUUAGGGCCUUUUAGGACCAACUGAUGAAUGAAAAUUUCAUGUUUAGGUUUUAUGUAAAAUGCUUCCAAGUUCUUACUCUUUGUCUUGUGGGAAAGGGGAACAAAGGAGGAUUUUACUUUUUUCUCAAAAAAUGUUUUAAAACAUCUGUCAGAUUUUAUAUUCAUUCGUUAUAAUAAACUUAUUUUUAAAGGA